AUGGAGACGGGGCACGCGCGGAUGGCCGUUAAGUCGCUGAGGCGCAGUCCAGGACAGUUUGAGGGGCUGGGGACGCGGCUCCCAGCACCCAACAGCACGACGGCGAACCCUUCCCCGGCGCGCAAUGCCUCGACUCGGCCGCGGUCACCACCUCAGCCUUCGCGGGCAGUGCGGCGGACCCCAGCCAGCUCCGUAAGCGCAGGACGCCUGGCGAUGGAGCGGGGCGGGGCCUCGGGCCGUCCGGGUUUGCCUGAGACAUCCGCUUCCGGGGCUGCGGCCAUCGCACUACCCGGCGCGGUAGGCUUGUCCGGCUGUUCCCGCGACCGCUCACCAAACCCUGAGUCGCAGUCGCCCUCGCCUCGCUCCCGGACGCCCUCGCCUCGCUCCAGGACGCCAGCCCUCCGCUGCCCACCUUCUCGGCCAGUCAUGCUGGAGCAUCUGAGCUCGCUGCCCACGCAAAUGGAUUACAAGGGCCAGAAGCUAGCUGAACAGAUGUUUCAGGGAAUUAUUCUUUUUUCAGCAAUAGUUGGAUUUAUCUACGGGUACGUGGCAGAACAGUUCGGAUGGACUGUCUAUAUAGUUAUGGCUGGAUUUGCUUUUUCGUGUUUGCUGACACUUCCUCCAUGGCCCAUUUAUCGCCGGCACCCCCUCAAGUGGUUACCUGUUCAAGACUCAAGUGCAGAAGACAAGAAACCAGGGGAAAGAAAAAUUAAGAGGCAUGCUAAAAAUAAUUGAUUGGGAGUUUUCAUGAUUCAGCUUUACUAUUGCACCUGCUUUUGUAUUGUGUGAAAUGAGCUAAGUUUUCACACCCAAAACACGAGUUAAAAAACACCUAUGGUACAGCUGUGUAAAGAUUUUGUUCUGUUUCACUUCUCAGUUGGGCUUUGAUGUACACAUAUUUUAGAGCUCUUCAUAAUCUUUGAAAUAGAGAACAGAAAAUACAAAUAUGCAAAGUUUCUUUCAAAUCUACAAAAGUAAUGAGCAUAUGUCUCAAAUGAUAGUAAAAUUUAAUUAUCAAAGAUUUAUAUUUCAUUUUGUUAAGCUGUUUUAAUAUUUUCAAUUAAAACUCACAGUGCAA